AUGGAUCCCCAGGAGCAAUUCUUGGAGGCCAGGACGGAGCUUCUCGCCUACUUCAAUUCCCACCUUCGCGACUAUCUCGACGGCCGCCCCGGAUUCAGCGCCCAACUCAUUCUGAUCAGUCCGCGUCAGGAUUUCAUGUACAUGGUCACGCUCUGGUGCGAGGAUGACAGCUUUCACCAGCACGGUAUCGCCUGCGAAUACACUGUGUCAAGCAGGCGCGUAGCUAUGGAAAAGCUAUGGGAGCUCGUGCAGUAG